AUGGCUGCUACCGACUACAAGUUUGAGGGCUGGAUGGGUGACUCGCCCGAGUCAGUCAACGGCAAGAUGCGUUGGGGAGAGUUUGAGCCUAAGAAGUGGACGGAGGAUGAUGUCGACAUCAAGAUCACCCACUGCGGUAUCUGCGGCUCGGAUCUGCACACUCUCUCCUCUGGAUGGGGCGCUACGCCUUACCCCUGCUGUGUCGGCCACGAGAUUGUUGGCCGUGCUGUUCGCGUCGGCAGCAACGUCAAGGACAUCAAGGUCGGCGACCGGGUGGGUGUCGGCGCCCAGGCCCGCAGCUGCAUGAGUCCCGACUGCCCCGAGUGCUCCAUCGGCCGCGAGAACUACUGCUCUACCAAGGGCCAGAGCAUCAACACAUACGGCUCCGUCUACCCCGGCGAUGAGGGCAAGUCGUACGGCGGCUACGCCACCUACAACCGCACCAACGGCAAGUUCUGCAUCAAGAUCCCCGACGGCCUGCCCUCCGAGUACGCCGCGCCCCUCAUGUGCGGCGGCGUGACCGUCUGGGCCCCACUCAAGGACAACAAUUGCGGACCGGGCAAGAAGGUCGGCAUCGUCGGCGUUGGCGGUCUGGGCCACUUUGCCGUCCUGUUCGCCAAGGCGAUGGGUGCGGACAAGGUGGUGGGCGUGUCAAGGCGCGAGUCCAAGCGCAAGGAGGUCUUGUCCCUGGGGGCCGACGACUACAUCGCGACCGAGGACGAGAAGGACUGGGAGAAGCACCACCGCCGCAGCCUGGACCUCAUCAUCUGCACCGUCUCGCACACUGGCAUGCCGCUGGACAAGUACUUGAUGUUGCUCAAGCCUAACGGCAUCCUGAUCAACGUCGGCGUCCCCGAGGGCGGCGUGCUGCCCAACAUCAACGCCUUCACCCUCGUCCUCAACGCCGUCAGCGUCGGCGGCAGCCUGAUCGGCAGCCCCGGCGAGAUCCGCGAGAUGCUCGAGUUUGUCGCCAAGCACAACAUCAAGCCCUUGGUCGAGAUGAGGCCGAUGAAGGAGGCUAACCAGGCCAUCCUCGACAUGGAGGCCGGCAAGGCCAGGUACCGUUACGUGCUGGUCAACGAAGAGAACCAGUAA